AUGAAAACUCCCGAAAGUAUUUUUUGGCUGUUACUCUUGAUAGUUUCUGUUGGCAUGUGCAUCUUCACGGGUCUGCAAACGAUGGAUAAGUAUAAGACUAAGAGCACCGUGAUGGGUCUAGAGCGUGACUUCUACUUCUGGCGCACACCAGUACCCAGCCUCACUGUCUGUCCUAUGCGCCGUCUAAGCCAGGAGCUCUUCGAUAAGUAUUGUCACAAAAAGAAAAUAACCGGUCAGCCGAAAGAGGAUUUCUAUAUAUUCCUUGAGACCUUGGCCAAUUCGACAUAUUUCAACUUCGACAAUAUAACUGUACGUCCGAGCAUCGAUAGCACGCUGGAUCGCUUGCGUUUGCGGCCUGCUCAGUACAUGUCCUUGAUAUAUAAUCUAACCACCGAUUUCACACAGAUGGAGGAUGAAAAUGAGCGCAUACGGCUGAAUGAUGGCUUUAAGGAAUUCCUUGUGCGUCAAGUGCUAACCGAAUUCGGCAUUUGCUAUUUGGCUAACAGCUAUUUACACAAUGAGUAUACAGCACGCUAUAUUUUGUUCGGGAAAUAUCCGAAGAUCAACAAGGAACAUGUUAACGUGCUUUUGGGUAGUUACUUCGAUAGUAUAUUGAUGAUUUUAUCGGUACCGAAGGCUUUCGAAAGUAUUGGGGUUUUCAUACACUCUUCACAUGAUGCCUUAAAAAUUGAGCAAAAGUUCUUCUAUACCAACGAGGCCGUGUACUACAAAGCGGAGACACGAGAAAUAAUUGCCGAAGACGGUUAUGAAAAAUCUACCACAGUGGCUCAACGCAAUUGCCGCUUUCCGCAUGAGUCGAAUUUGGUGCAUUUUGAAAUUUACACUAAAAGCUUUUGCAUGCAGGAAUGUCGACUAAAUCUGGUUUACAAGAAAUGCAAAUGUAUACCGCAUUUCUAUCCGAAUCGAAUUAAGAAUCCGAAGCCGGUUUGCUCGUACACAACGCUAAAGUCCUGCGUGGCUAAAAAUGCAGAAUACUUUCGCCGUUUACACAGUUCAAAAGCUCGGAAGACAACACAUUGCCAUUGUAUGGACUCUUGUUUCAAUAGCAUUGUAGUGGUAAAAAGUGUAGAGGUUUUAGCAAACCUCAAUGUGUUUCAGACUGGUUUCACUGUCGGCCUUGAAGUAACCACUUGGCCACUGGAGUUGUUGAAACGACAAGUGAUUUUUACUUUUACCGAUUUGUUGGUUGCUGUUGGUGGCGCGGCGGGAUUGUUCCUUGGUUUCAGCGUGUUGGGUGCCAUUGAGUUCUUUUACUACUUUUCAUUGCGCUUGCUAUGGUAUCUGAGAGGUUAUAGAUAUUAAUAGCGAGGUGAAGUUUA